UAUAGAAAGUGUUAAAACUAUUCUUGCCGAUUCUGUAAAAUUAAAGGAAAUGCUAAACAAAGAAAAUUUUAAUUCAUUUUUAAAAGAUUGGGACGUUAGUUUAAAUUCACCGAAAUCGGUUACAAAAAAUAAAGAAAAUAAUGCGAGCCAGAGAAAUUUCAAAUGGCAUAGAAAACGUCCUAGAAGUCUUGUUGAACAGAAAGAAGGAAUACAACAUUCAGUAACUAAAAAUUUAAUGGUGCAAAUACCUAAAGAAAUUGUAUGUUCUGUAGUAGGAAAACAGUUCCGCAAUAAAUGUAAUCCUAGCACCAAUGAUGUAACACCAACGAACGGUUCUUCCACAUCUGGCGUUGUAUCUACUGCACCAAGUCCUAAUGAUUACUGGACUGAAUAUGAGAAUAAUCGAAAUGUACUCGUCACUUCUGUUGACAAAGAAAGUGAAAUAGACAUUAAUAAUGUGAUGUUCGAAGUGACAAGUAACGCUAUGAAUGAAAAUUUGAAAUCUCGUAGCGAUGAAUGGGUGUCGCGUUUUGUUCAAAUAAUGGAAGAAGCACUAACACAAGUGUUACAGAAAAAUCCCACACAAUCUCCUAAUGUGUUAGCCCCACCAUGGACUCUCUUUGAAGCAACCACUUGUAUUAAAAUGAAAUAUCGUAAGGACCGUAAUAUAGUCGAUGCUGGAAAUAAAUUGACUAAUACUCUUACAAAGAUUAGUGAUAAAAAAGGAACAGUAAAUAUUCAUCUGACUCCAAAACAGUAUAUGGAAAUGUACAGUUAUGGUGUUUAUUUGAUUGAUACCCUACAGGCUGCUUUUGAGAGCUGUGAAGAUUUACAAACGGCAUCUGAAUCACUAUCGAAAUUGUUAUACGAUAUUGAGCAUCCAAAUCUAUCAACUAGUCAAAAUGAUGCAUUUAUUGACGUACAAGACGAAAUUAUCGUAGAUACCAGUACCACAAAUAAAGAGUCAAAAGAAAAGACACUCCUGACCAAUGAAGAAGAUUCAUUAGUUCAUCAAAAACAGCAAGUAGACUUGUCUCCAGUACCUUCUCCAUCAAAGCGCAAGUUAAGAUUAAAAUUUAAAAAUAAAGUUGAAAGAGUAAAUGAUGUUAAAAGUAUUGAGAGAGCCGAAUCUAAAACCUCAUUGUUAUCUACAUUGGAUUCAAAGAAUUACAAUGAUGUAUGUGAAAAGGAAAGUUUAAAGUGUUUUAUAAAUGAGGAGCCUCGCACACCACUUUAUGAUCCACCAACAUUAGACGAAGUCGAAACACUCAAAAAUAUAACUACUGAAUCUCCAAUGAAUGUUGCAAUGACAACAAACCCUAGUGAUGAUUCAAAACAACCAAAGAUAAUUAUAAAUUCCACUCAAUUUGCGGAAUAUGAAGAAAUACUUAAGAUUGAAAUAUUUGAAUUAAAUGAUACUGAUGAAGAAAUGGCCGAACGAUAA